UGGAGACUGUCCACGUCCACAGCCCCACUCCACAUCCGCAGCUCUGCGUGGAAAAACCGCGCUCCCCCUCCUGCAGACUUUUUAGAUUUCCUCUCCUUUUGUUUUAAAUUAAGCCUAAUGCCCCCUUUUUCUGCUGCUUUUAUAUCACUUUUAAGUUAUUUGUGUCAGAAUGUUUCGCCUUUGCGUUGUCUUUUCUUUUCUCGCUGCGUGGUUUUCCGUGGAGUGCAACCCCAACCCCAUGUUGGGGGAUGUAGUCGUGGACAGAUAUGAGAUCCCCAAAGACUGCGCCAGGGAGGCGCAGAGCGGAGACUACGUCCGCUACCAUUACAACGCCACGUUUGUCGACGGCAAGACGCUGGAUUCGAGCUACGAGAAAGGAGCAGCCAAAGUGGGCCUGAUCGGGGAGGGUCGGCUCAUCGCUGGCGUGGAUAAAGGCCUGCAGGGGAUGUGCGUCAACGAGCGCAGGAAGAUCACCAUCCCACCACACCUGGCUUACGGCAGCACCGGAGCAGGGGAGGUGGUUCCUCCAGACUCCACGCUGGUGUUCAACGUCCACCUCCUGGACCUGUGGAACAAGGCCGACCUGGUCGUCACCAAAACCGUCAGCACUCCCAAAGACUGCAAACGCUCCGUGGUGCGCACAGACUUUGUCCGGUACCACUUCAACGGCACUCUGCUCGACGGAACCACCUUUGACUCCAGCUACAACAGGAAGCAGACCCACAACUCCUUGGUAGGCGAGGGCUGGCUGGUCAAGGGCAUGGACGAAGGCCUGCUGGGCAUGUGCGUAGGAGAGAUCAGACACAUCGUCGUUCCUCCGUUCAAAGCUUACGGAGAAAAGGGAUCAGGCACAAUGGUUCCCCCUCAGGCGACGCUGGUGUUUGACGUCCUGCUGGAGGACGUUCACAACCCCAAGGAUAACAUCACCAUCGAGUACCAGCAGGUUCCUGAGCCCUGCAAACGCAGGUCUGUGGCGGGGGACUACGUCCGGUACCACUACAACGGAACCUUCCUGAACGGGUUGACAUUUGACACCAGCUACCAGAGGAACAGCACGUACAACACCUACAUCGGGAUGGGCUACGUGAUCGCAGGCAUGGACCAGGCCCUGCUGGGAGUCUGCCUAGGGGAGAGGAGGAGGGUCAUCAUCCCUCCCCACCUUGCUUAUGGAGAACAAGGAGCUGGUGACGUGAUCCCACCGUCGGCCGUUCUGGUCUUUGACAUCCACAUCAUCGACUUCCACAACCCCAGUGACAAAGUGGAGAUCGAGGUGACCUACAAACCCGAGGUGUGCAACGUCACCUCGGCCGAAAACGACCUCGUACGCUACCAUUACAACUGCACUCUGGUGGACGGGACCAUGCUCUUUUCCUCACACGACUACGAGAACCUACAGGAUGCAGUUCUGGGCCAGGACAAGGUGAUCGACGGACUGGACCAGGGCCUGAGGGGCAUGUGUGUGGGAGAGAAGAGGAGGCUUACAGUGCCGCCUCACCUCGGACAUGGAGAGAAAGGAGCUGAUGGCGUACCAGGCAGCGCUGUGCUGGUCUUCAACAUCGAGCUGGUGAGCUUUGAGAGCGGCGUCCCACCUGGUUACCUGUUCGUGUGGCUCGAGGACACUCCCGCAGAUCUGUUCGUAGCCAUGGAUCAGAACAAGAACGGAGAGGUGCCGCUGGAGGAGUUUGCAGAGUUCAUCAAGCUGCAGGUUGCAGAAGGAAAAGGCCGAAUAAAGCCGGGAAUGACGAUGGAGGAAAUCGUCACCGACAUGUUCCGGAACCAGGACCGCAACAAAGAUGGGGUUAUCACAGCCAACGAACUCAAACUAAAAGUUCAGGAGGACAAGGAACGGGAGGAGGCGAGGCAUGAGGAGUUGUAAGGAGGGAGAAAAAUGCUGUUUUCCUCAGGGAUAAACCUAAAAAAAACAAAA